CUUCCCUCCCUCAUGACCGCCUGGAUCCUCCUUCCUGUCAGCCUGUCAGCAUUCUCCAUCACUGGCCUAUGGACUGUGUAUGCCAUGGCCGUGAUGAACCACCACGUGUGCCCCGUGGAGAACUGGUAUGGCGCACUCUGCAGACAGCCUCACUCUAAAGCUCCCUUCAUCUCUGUUCCCUCUUGGGCCGGGGCUGCCUCGAGCCAGAUGGAGACACUGGGCCUCACUGCUCUUCUCUGACAUUGGCAGCGCCUGCCCCCUCCCCAGGUCUUACAACGAAUCCUGCUCUCCUGACCCCACGAAGCAAGGGGGCCCCAAGACCUGCUGCACCCUGGAUGACAUCCCCCUCAUCAGCAAGUGUGGCUCGUACCCCCCUGAGAGCUGCCUCUUCAGCCUCAUUGGCAACCUGGGUGCUUUCAUGGUGGCCCUGAUCUGCCUCCUGCGCUAUGGGCAGCUCCUGGAGCAGAGCCGUCAUUCGUGGGUCAACACUACGACGCUCAUCACAGGCUGCACCAAUGCUGCGGGUCUGGUGGUGGUGGGAAACUUCCAGGUGGACCAUGCUAAGUCUCUGCACUAUGUCGGAACUGGUGUGGCCUUCACUGCCGGCCUGCUCUUCGUUUGCCUGCACUGUGCCCUCUCCUACCACGGGGCCACAGCCCCCCAGGACCUGGCUGUGGCCUACCUGCGAAUUGUGCUGGCAACCAUCGCCUUUGUCACUCUGAUCCUCAGUGGGGUCUUCUUCAUCCAUGAGAGCUCUCAGCUGCAGCAUGGGGCAGCCCUGUGUGAGUGGGUGUUCGUCAUUGACAUUCUCAUCUUCUACGGCACCUUCAGCUACGAGUUUGGGGCGGUCUCCUCGGACACACUGGUGGCCGCGCUGCAGCCCACCCCCGGCCGGGCCUGCAAGUCCUCCGGGAGCAGCAGCACCUCCACCCACCUCAACUGUAGCCCUGAGAGCGUCGCCAUGAUCUGAGGUCUGGGGAGGGUGGCUGGCCCUGCCUCCGCAGCUCCCCGCAUCUCCUUUGCAUUUCUUUUGUACCAAAAAACCCCGAUUUUGCGAAAAGUAUUCUGUUGGGACACAGGCUGCCUCGCUCCUGGAGGAGGGGCCGUCCCACACCUGUGCCAUAGAGGAGCGGGCCUCUUGGCAGGCUGCCCAAGCCACACAGCCCACUCCCCACACUGCAGUGUUAUCUUUGUUUUAAAGGUCACAUGUCAUUCACCCAGCCACCCCUUCAGGUGCCUUCUACUCCCUCAGUGCCAAGGCUGGACCACUGGGGUUUCCUGCUGCAGGAAUUGGGGGCUGGGAACAGCAAGAGGGCUACCAGUCUCGGGGGUGGUGGUGAGCACUCCUUAGUCUACGGGAAGGCCCCCUAUGGGCCCACUGAACUGCACUGGGAUUCUUCACUCUGCCCCUUUCUUUAGGGCAAAUAACACAGCAGAACCACGUGGGUAUUUUAGUACUUUUUUUUAAUAUAUAUAUCUAUUAAAAGAAUUCUAAUUUGCAUGUUUGUAGUCUGUUCUGAAGAAACGAAGAGGGCCUUAAUGUAGAACAGCUUCCCCUGGACAAAGGAUGGGAGAAAGCCCCUGCCCACAGGGAGGGUCCUGAGUGCCCACUGAGAGCAAAGCUGCCAAGAACAAAGGAUGCCAAGUGCUAUCCAAGCACCCCUGAAGGGCCUGAAGCCCUUUCUGGGCCUCUAAACAGUCUGAAGAGCUGACCUGAUUAUUUCACACUUCCUACCCUGCUCAGGGGCUUCCCUGGUGGCUCAGAUGGUAAAGAAUCUGCCUGCAGUGCAAGAGACCCCAGUUCGAUCCCCGGACUGGAAAGAUCCCCUGGAGAAGGGAAUGGCUACCCACUCCAGUAUUCUUGCCUAGAGAAUUCAUGGACAGAGGAACCUGGUGGGCUGUAGUCCAUGGGGUCGCAGAGUCAGAUAUGACUGAGCAACUAACACUUUCACUUUUUUUCACCCUGCUCAAUUGUCUGGCUUGAAGACUGAUUCCACACUUAAGGGAUAUGAUGGAGGACAGGGUACAGAGAAUAACUUGAAAAUGUUAGAAGCAAUCUGCAAUGAAGCUAAAGAAAGCCCUGGGGAUUCUAACACUGACUAAAGAUUGCAGUGGGGAGGGAGAAAUGUUGGCUAGUUUUUGGUUACCAUUUUUAAGUCACUACUAGGUGCCCUGCCUGACACAUUUUGUCUUUCAACCACAGACACAUAGGCCCAGGCUGUGGCUGGUCUGGUAGCCAGGUUCUUGACCUAGGCCCUAUUAUCCUCAGGCCAG